AUGUGUGCCCCAACUGAGACAGGGGGCAGAGAGGACAAGACUGAGAUGAGAGAGGAUGGAGGGAUGAGAGAGGGUGGAGAGAUGAGAGAGGGUGGAGAGAUGAGAGAGGGUGGAGAGAUGAGGGAGAGUGGAGAGAUGAGAGAGGGUGGAGAGAUGAGGGAGAGUGGAGAGAUGAGGAAGGGUGAAGAGAUGAGGGAGAGUGGAGAGAUGAGAGAGGGUGGAGAGAUGAGGGAGAGUGGAGAGAUGAGAGAGGGUGGAGAGAUGAGGGAGAGUGGAGAGAUGAGGGAGAGUGGAGAGAUGAGAGAGGGUGGAGAGAUGAGAGAGGGUGGAGAGAUGAGAGAGGGUGGAGAGAUGAGAGAGGGUGGAGAGAUGAGAGAGGGUGGAGAGAUGAGGGAGAGUGGAGAGAUGAGGGAGAGUGGAGAGAUGAGGGAGAGUGGAGAGAUGAGGAGAGAGGGGAGAGAUGAGAGAGGGUGGAGAGAUGAGAGAGGGUGGAGAGAUGAGAGAGGGUGGAGAGAUGAGAGGGAGAGUGGAGAGAUGAGGGAGAGUGGAGAGAUGAGAGAGGGUGGAGAGAUGAGGGAGAGUGGAGAGAGAGAGGAGAGGUGGAGAGAUGAGAGAGGGUGGAGAGAUGAGGGAGGGUGGAGAGAUGAGGGAGAGUGGAGAGAUGAGAGAGGGUGGAGAGAUGAGAGAGAGUGGAGAGAUGAGAGAGGGUGGAGAGAUGAGAGAGGGUGGAGAGAUGAGGGAGGGUGGAGAGAUGAGAGAGGGUGGAGAGAGAGAGGGUGGAGAGAUGAGAGAGGGUGGAGAGAUGAGGGAGAGUGGAGAGGGCGGGCGUGGGGGAGGGGAGUGCGAGUGGAGGCGUGGCGAGGUGUGGGAGCUGAGGAGGUGGAGAGCGAGGGGCGCGUGAGACGAUGGGCGGUGGAGAGAUGGAGGGGGGAGAGGGAGAGGGGGCAGAUGAGGCGGUGGGAGCUGAGGGGGGUGAGGCUGCAGACGGUGGGGCGCUGCGAGAGGGUGGAGGCGAGAGCGGUGGGAGUGGCCGGGAGGUGGGUGGGCGUGAGCGUGGGGAGGGCGGUGCGGGGGUGGAGGGAUGCGGGAGGGUGGAGAGAUGAGGGAGAGUGGAGUGAGCGAUAG